GGUGAUUCUUUAGUGUGAAUGGACCCAUUCUCUCGUUAGGUUUUGCUGCAAGGAAUCUUUUCCUUUUUUUGUGUCUAAAGAAAAAAGAAUAGUGGGGUUUGUGUUUGAAGUAGGUGAAGCUUCGGGUUAUAAGCAAAGUUUCUUUCUUUUUGUUUUUAGGGGGUGUUUAGAUUUUAUCUCAUUUUUUGCUUACAAACUGCGUUAAACGGAGCGUUUUCAUUCAUGUGCUCUGAAAAUGAUGGAGUGUGGAUGGUGGUGACUUGGAGGUCAGGUUAAAUCAGGACUUAAACUACUUUUGUAGAUUGAAGAUAUAUGCUAUCAUAAUCUAAUCUUUGAGAGAUGUGUCCUGUGAUUUUGAUCCAAGCCUAGCAUCCAGCAAUUCAGGAGUUCUUAUCUAAAGAAGUUUAAAUGUUCGGAAACAAAGUGUUUCUAACUUAUAAAAGAAGGCGGCAAUCUCUAACUAGUAAUUUUAUCCAUGGGAAUUGUAACCAAAAUUCGGUUUGUGAAGAUGCCCGUAAUGACAACCAAACUGUAGAGAAAACAUCAGAAAAGCAUGAAGAAAAAACGAAGGAUACUAGUGAAGGGAAAAGGCCAUGUUUCAAACAGCUGGAUUAUUCAUCAUUGCCUCUGCUUCAAAAUACUGGUGACCCUAAGAUAGGAGUGCUUGGAAACAACGAUGCAACAGAAACAAUGGCUACUGCCCAUGAAUCAUUUUCAACUGAGCAUCCUUGUGAGGAUAACAUCAAGAAGGAUGAUGAGGAGUUGCCCAUAGUAGAAAAGACUUCAGAUAAUGAUUGUGAUACUCAGAGAAAUUCCUAUGCCAGUAAAAGCUCUGGUAUUGGAUGUGACAACUGUUCUAAUAAAAUUUCCCUGCCAGUUGAAUUGGGUGCUGGCAAUGAUUCUAAUUUAGACAACUCAGAAAUGAUCACAAGGGAUAUCAGUUCUGCGCAAGUCAAUACAUCUCCUGUUUGUAAUAUUUCAAUGGAUGAUCCUACUGAUUGUUGCUCCAAAGAUAAUAUUAGAAACCCAUCUGGAGAUACGGUUAUUCGGGCCAAGUUGACCAGUCCUCUAAUAACCUUCAAUCGAUGUUACAAAAGAAAAAAGGGGUUGAAUGGAAAUGGUAAGCAAAGCAGCUUAUUGCACACGAAGGAAAACAUUUCAGUGUUAACCAAGUGGAGUAUGCUUGCAAAUGGCAAUCUAUGUUCUAGUGAUGAAUCAUCUAGCGAGGAAUGUCCUGUAGAUAAUGUACCUGACCUUAAUCAAUCAGUGGAGCUUUCAGAAAAAGGGAAGACAUUCAAUGAAACGCAAUAUGAAACAUCUUGUAGAAGUUGCUCUAUGUCUUUCCUGACAGACCUUAAUCAAUCUGCUGAGCUUACAGAAAGAGGGGAGCUUUGUCAAACUCAAGAAAAAGUCAAAAGUAGUGAUUCUCCGUGUUCCCCUGGAGUUGUUUCUGAAACAUGUAUGACAGACAUGAGAAAGAAACUUUGUCAUGAGGAAGACUCCGGAAAAAAUGACAGAACAGGAGAACUGAGUCACAGUUGUCUGGUUCACACGGAAGACCAACAUCUUAAUAAGGAUUGCCAGGUAGUCUCUAUCAAAGUUGAUUCUGGAGAUUCUUAUCCUGCAGCCACAGCCACUAAUCAGGAACAGGAACUACAAAAGUCCCAAAUCUCUUUGCGUGAGGCCAAUGAACAUGGUUUGGGCAAUGAAAUGAUGAAAAUUGCUGAAUGCCAACCUCAGCUUGACCCGCCUAAUAACGUUGCGGAAGAACACAUUGUUGAUUUAAACAUGGGUGCUGAGAAGCAUCCCUUUCAUUUGAGGAUGAGAGCACCUGGGUCCAAAUUGGAAUCUACAUGCAGUAGUUCUGCCAUUGCUGAAGAUAAAGUUUCUGAACUGGACCUUUUAAAUGCUAGAAAUACACAGCUGAUUUCAGAAGGAAAGGCUAUAGCUGGUGUUUGCUCAAGUAGUACUCAAGCUCAGUUAAUGAUGACUGAAGAAAGAACGAGGGUUCAACAUACAAAAACCAAUAAACAAAAACCGAUGCCUAUGAUUUCUCUUUCUUUGGGCUUGUCUUUACCUAUGGAGCUCAAGGCCAGAGUCAGUGAUUCUGUUAAUAGUAUGUCAGUUUUGUCUUUGUCAAAUUCAACCACUGAAAGUAGAGAUAUUGUCCGAGAUGGAUUAUGUCGGUUGUCAUCACCAAAACGGAAACUAUCGCAUCCCAGGAACCAGGUAGUACAUGACAACAUUGUACACAGAACAAGAGCUUUAAAUGAACGAGGAAAUUUUCAAGAAUAUUUGAAGCCACACCCUAUCAUGUGGUCUGAAGAGGAGUUGGAUUUUCUUUGGAUUGGUGUAAGGAGACAUGGUAGGGGCAAUUGGGAUGCCAUGUUAAGGGAUCCUAAAUUACGGUUUUCACCAUUAAGGGUACCCGGGGACCUUGCUGAGAGGUGGGAGGCUGAACAAUUAAAACUUCUGAACGAUAUCGAUGUUCCACAGUUCAUGUAUCCAGCAGCAGAAAGGGCAGCAGCUAUGGCAUCAUUGCAGGGAAAUUUUUGCUACUUGGAUCCUAAACAAAGUUUCUGGGAGAGUAACCAUUUGAAGAAACCUAUCACCAGAUAUAACUUUCAAAGUAACACCACUGAGCACAGUCAUAAGCCAACUACUCAUUCCAGAAAGGCCAAUUACAACAACAGAGACAAGUAUGAACUAGGAUUUUUAAAUUCUCCGGGAAGUUUGAGCAUUUGCAGGAAGAACUCUUACUUUAAUGACUAUCCCUUUAAUUGUUCUGCUGCGGCAAAUAAUUUGCCCCACUGGCUCAGGGAAGCUGUUAACACUCCUCCAAUCAUGCCAAAUAUGUCUGCGGUGAUGAGUUCUCAUCCAGACAUGCCGGGAACUUCAGAUCAUUGCUUUAAUACCAGCAACUCAUGCUUUGUACCUCAAAAUUGGUUCAAUGGUCUGAGGGCAAGUGAGCCACACAUGCCAAAUGGUUCUCACUAUUCAACCUAUUCAAGAAGAAAAUAUGGGGUGGUGAAGAUGAACAAGUCUCUGGAACCUCUUGUCCAGAAACCGGAUGACUUGAUCAUUGUUGACAGUGACACUUCUUCUGAAGAGACCAUAUCUGAUGAUCAUCGUGCCAGCUUAUAGCUUUGUUAAUAACUGUUGUUAGCUGCAAAAAGGUUGUAGGUAAAUGAUGCAUUGUUUUGUAGUUAUGCAAUCUGUAAAAUGUAGGAGAUUGAAGUGACUUGCUGCCAAACGAACAUUGAUUUUCAUAUUCAAAUGAAUCUGUUAGAGAUAUUAAAUGGUUGGCAUUUAUUUGAGGAA